AUGUUUCCUGAAUGGAAUAUAGAUCAGAUUCGGAAAGAAGCCAUUGAUAAUCCAAAUCUUUAUUGGUUAGAACCACGUACCUCCUUCUCAGUUAAAAAUGAAGUUGACGGUCAGUUUGAUUUUCCGAUAAAUGCUAUGGCAUUCUUAUAUCAGUGUUAUGAUUCUAUUCGCAAAGCUCCUAUAUCCAACAAAGGGAUAAAUAAGAAGUCGUUCACUUUUUAUUUAAACAAUUUAAAGUCUCAGUAUGGAUUGUGGAGCAUAGAGAGAAUUGUGGGAUUGAAAGCUGGAAAACCAAUGGCUGCAGAUGGUUUUACAAAUGUAACUUUGAAGGUUUACAAAGGUCACAAUCAAACUUUGCAUGAACUUUCAUUGGAUGGUAUUCCAUUUUUAAAUCCUUAUGAUUGGAUAUCUUUGUUUAACAUUGUUGCAAAGAUCGUUGUGAAGCAUGAGCCAAUUUUUUAG